CAUCUUUCUCGUUUCGUUGGUCCUGGCGGCUUCCAAGUGUUUUUACUUGUCGUAGGAGAAAAUGCCGGCAGGUCAUGGAGUUCGUGCGAGGACGAGGGAUCUGUUCGCGAGGGGGUUCAGGAAGAAGGGUACAAUCCCACUCUCGACCUACCUCAGGACCUUCAAGGUCGGAGAUUACGUCGAUGUGAAAGUGAACGGUGCGAUCCACAAGGGUAUGCCUCACAAGUUCUACCAUGGUCGUACCGGUCGUGUCUGGAACGUCACCAAGCGCGCCGUUGGUGUCGAAGUGAACAAGCAGAUUGGUAACAGAAUCAUCAGGAAGAGGCUUCAUGUGCGUGUGGAGCACGUGCAGCAGUCAAGGUGUGCAGAGGAGUUCAAACUUAGAAUCAAGAAGAACGAUGAGCUCAAGGCCGCAGCCAAAGCCAGAGGCGAGACAAUAAGCACCAAGAGACAACCUAAAGGCCCCAAGCCAGGAUUCAUGGUUGAGGGUAUGACCUUGGAGACUGUCACUCCUAUCCCCUACGACGUCGUCAACGAUCUCAAGGGAGGCUAUUAGUUCUACUUUCUUCCCCUUAUGUUUUUGAGCUUUCCUUCCAUAUGUUUUGUAGCAACUUGAAACCUUUGUCUUGAGACCAAAUUCUGAUUUUGAAUGAAAGAUCUUUUGUUAUUGAUAA